CAACAGGUCCCCUCACUGACGUUGAGAACAAGAUGCGUCAACACAUGUAACAGUCCUGACGUGCGAUUUGCCUGUGUGAAUCGGCUUUGAAACAGAUAUGCCGCAGGUUUCGUUCUCAUGAAAAGGCAACGCUGUCUCAUACUUCUUAUCAUCGAAAAUCAGUCGAUAGCUCAACAGCGAGCUCAGAGGGGUGGAAGGAGGGGUCACGAGCAGAUCGGCCUCUUAGAUCCAACAAGGCGGGCAAUACCGUAAUCCGAUCUUCCCGACCCGGGCUUAUUAAAGCCAAUUUCCCUCUUGACGCGGAGACUCUCACAUUCUCAUACAACAUUUUACACCGAGACCCCAUCCCGCCCCCAACAUGGACACUCCGGCGGUGCCAAUGCCCAAGGACGACCGGGAGCGGCAGAUCCUGGAAAAGCUCACGCUCAUCCGGGACGACCUGCUGCUGCUGAAGAGAGACCGCACAAAAUACAUCAGGACCCAGGAUGUCAUGCUGCUGUACGAUAAGCUGGUGGACCAGGUUAAGCAAUUGAAUGAGAUUCGAAAGGGCGAGCACCACAGCGAGAACCAAUUGGACAAGGUACUCGAGAGCUGCUUCCAGCUCAUCUCGCUCUUCUUCAUGACGAUUGGACGGACAACGGAGGUGCCGGCGGCUUACGCGCUGACAUCGACCAUCAAGCGGCUGCUGGACCAUCUGACAGAAUCGAGGCUCUUCUCGGCCAAGGAUCUUCACAGCAUAUCAAACACGCUCAGCAAGCUCGACAGCAUCUUGCAGAAUGCAGACUCUCAGCAUUCGCCCUAUCUCGUAGAGCUUCUGGCCAAGAGGGAGACACUAUGCAAGUCCAUGCUGACCAAUCUGCGUAAGCAGCUGGAAGAGCUGGAUGAGCCCCUGCAAGAAAUCUACGAGAGGCUCAUUUCUAUCUUGCGAUCCAUGUCCCUGGCCAACACCAAGGCCAAGUUCUCCGUAACGGAAGUCCAGAAACUCAGGUCAAAGUUGCAAGAAAUAAGCGACUCGAUGGUGGACGGCAAGUUCGUCGAUGCAGAAGGCAGAGAGUAUCGCGGUAGCCACGUGGUGUCAGACCUGCUGCGCCGCUGCUUGCAAUGGUCCGACAUUGUCCUCGAGAAGAAAGGCGUAAUACCCGAGGCCUUCAAAGACAAGUACAACAUUCUGAUCAACAUCCGCAACGAGCUCGAAAAGCUCUCCAUCACGCAAGCCUGGUCGCUUCGCGAGACGGACUUGUACGACUUCCAGCGGCAGCUCGACAAGAUCGAUGAGGCGCGCGGCGCCGACGGCAACUGGCUCGACCAGGACGGCCAGCUCGCCGAGCUGUACGUCCAGCGCACGCUGCUUUACCUUAUCCGCCGCAGCUACGGGUACAUCUACUAUCUCAUGAACUCGUCCGAGCCAGUAUCUGAGGCGCUGCUGCCCAUCUACAACCAGCUGCAGACGCUGAAGCGGUGUCUGAUUGAGGUCAAGAACUCGGGCGGGGUCGGGUCGGUGAGGGAGUUGUAUCCGUAUAGCAUGAAGUUGAACUCGAUCGACAAUAUGAGGGUGGACGGCAAGUUUAUGGUUGGGAACGACAUCCCGGAGGGUCAGGGCAGCGUCACUGAUCUGUUGGCUGAGUGCUUCGAUCUCGCGUAUGACUUGAGGGUAGCCGCGGAGGAGAAGGAGGAGGGCGGGGACGAGUCUCCUGCUCCGCCAGCGGUUGCUCAGUGAGGGACUUUGAAGGGAUUUGUUUUGUAUGAGUGGAGUGUAUGAGUGCUUGCUCUUUGCUUGUACGCACCCGCAUGGCGUUCUGAGUGGGCAUACGGCCGGUUUUUUUGCGGCGGCAACGCCGGUUCGGCGUGGUUACUGUUUGGGAGGCUAAUCUGUGUUCUGGGUCGGAAGGUUAGGUCGUGUUCUAGUUACAAAGUUUAGGGAGCGUUGCUUCUUCUAUUGCCAUGGUAGCUUUUCAGAGCCAUGACGUGUAAGGCUAAGAAACCCAUUGUCAAAACCUAUGGUCAUCUGCUUCUUAUAUCUCCACCGCCU